GGCUUACGUAUAUAACCGAUGCGCGGUCGAUCUUUUCCUUCAAACGCGGCCUAAGAGUCCGAGCAGGAACUGACGAGCUAACCAAGAUAUUUGCAACAGGAAGGGCAGAAAGCAGCGAUGAGAUCAGUGAUAUUAACAUUACUUUUGCUAGCGAUUAUUUCGCUGAGCCGGAGCGAGUUGCGUGACCGACAGCGUGCAAACAUCGCGCCGAAUCUCACCGACCGACCGGCAAUCGGCCGGACCGAUUUCGAGCGAUCGCGCAAAUCCCCAGAUAACGAGAAGCGCGUCAGGCGACUGCAGAGUCGCAAUCAAACUGGAUCAGACGGCGAGGUGCGAAAGAUCCAUUUAGAUUCCGAGGAGGAUAAACCGGGCAUUCGCGCGUACGGUCUGCCGAGGAACCGCCUGCAAGAUAACGGCGUUAUCGAGAGGGUAUACAUGGGGGAGGAUCGAUUCAACGAGGCUCCGAAGAGCGGCCGACUGGUGGAAGCUUACGGAAUGCCGAAGGACAAUGUAGCGACCAACGGCUUUAUCGAGAGACUGCCUUCAGCGGCAGCCGUGAAUCGGCAGCCUGCGAGAUUAGGAUCGAGCGAAGAGAUCGCAGCCAGAGCGAGGAGAUCUGUUCGAGAGGGAGUCGCGAACAAGGUUGAGGAGAAUGUCGCCAGCGAGGCGGAAGACAUGCAGGCGCAGGACUCCAAGAUCUUCAGGCCGCUCUUCGUCUAUAGGCACCAACAGGCCGCCAGGCAGAAGCGGAAGCAUUCGAGAAACUUGACGCACAGAUUCCAUCGGCACCCGAGUCACCAUUAUUGCGAUCAUCGACUGGUUCGUUGAUUCGUUCAGCGAUGACGGAUUCACAUUUCGACGUGUUCUUCGGCCGAUGGAAGCUAAGCUAAGGACGGUAUUCGUUCACGGCAAAAAAUAGUUUUAAAUCAAUGACAGAUAUUAUCAUAUAUAAGCAAGAAUAUUAUCAUAUUCUUAGAAGAUUUUUAGUCUCAAAUUGAGCACAAGUAAUACUUGCAUCGAUACAAAUUCAACCAAAUGAAAAAUCUUCCAAAAAUCUUGUGAGAAAAUUAUAAUAUUCUCGCUUAUAUACGAGAAUAUAUAUCGUUAAUUUCAGUCUAAUUUUUGUCGCACAAUCUGAUUUUAUAUUUAAGAUCGUCUAAGUUCAACUUAAGAUACCGUACGGGCCGUUUCAUUGGCUAUGGAGUAUCUGAAAAUGAAAUUAAAUCCACCAUAAAUGUAAAAUCAGAUCAUGAAUUCCGGCCAUAGUCGAAUUUUAUAUUUAAGAUCGUCUUGAGUUCAUCUUCAGAGGCUACACGGCUCGUUUAUUGCCUACGCAGCAUCUGAAGAUGAAUUUAAGAUAACCUUAAAUAUAAGAUUCGAACAUGAAGGUCAUUUGAACUAUGAAGGCCGGCCUAGAUAUUCACUUAAUCGAAGAUUAAAAAAGGAUGCUGUUUAGAAUUGUUAGGAAUGUUUGUUCGUGCAUAUGUAUCGUAGAGCAAUCGCUGUUUUCAGCGUGUCGCGAAUCGCGAUGCUUCGCGUUUCGUGCGCAUUAGCCAUGACUUCGUUAUUUUCAUGCGCAAUACCGAAAAGUAUUAUAAAAGUUAGCGUUAAUUUUAGAUGACGAUCUUAGUUUAUUCUAACGACGAGUCGUGUGGACUUACUUAUUGCAGUAAGACGUGUGUGUAGAUCGCUGUUAAGUAAAUAAAUUCUUAAUGCCGCA